UUCGCCUCACAUCAACUAUCUAAAUCUAACAUUCAUUUCCUUCGGUUUGCCAUUCCCAUUCUCUCUCAAACCCAUUGAGAAAUCUCUUCUUCAUAAUUUUCAUUCUCUUUGCUUUCUUAAACUCUUAAAACAUUUUUAAUUUCGUCACAUCUUUCUUUCUCCUCUUUUCUUUAGAUCUUCUCAACCGUCUAUAUAUCCAAAUCACAAUGGCUCUUCUAACUAAUAAACGAGCCUGCUCUUCGUCUUCCACCCAACAAUCUAAAUAUGAUGUGUUCUUGAGUUUCAAAGGGGAAGAUACCCGUAAUGGUUUUACUAGCAAUUUGAAUGGUAUUUUGCGUCAUAAUGGUAUUAACACCUUCAUGGAUGAUGAGCUCCAAAGAGGAGAGAAAAUUUCCACUGAACUUAUCAAAGCUAUUGAAAGUUCAAAGAUUUUGAUAAUUGUAUUAUCUAAAAACUAUGCAACUUCCACUUGGUGUUUGGAUGAACUUAUCAAAAUUCUUGAGUGUAAAAAGAAUGGCCAAGUGGUGUUUCCGGUCUUUUAUAAGGUGGAUCCAUCAGAAGUACGUAGUCAAAAGGGAACAUUUGGAGAAGCACUGGCAAAACAUGAAGAAAAUUUCAAGUAUGACACGAACAAAGUGCAAGAAUGGAGGGCUGCUCUAAAUGAAGCCAGCAAUUUAUCUGGUUGGCAUUACAAAAAUGAGUAUGUAUUUAAUCACUACUUUAUUAUCACCAUAAAAUUUUACUAUUAAAAAACAACUCCCUGAAACUAUAUUGUUUAUUUGUUUAUUUUUUUAAUGAAACUAUUAUAUUUUGAUCA